GGCUGACCUUUUUUGCACAAGCGGAUUUUCCAACCCUACCGAUUGUGAGCCGACUGCACCUCUCUUGGAACCGCUGUUGCGUCUUUGUUGAGUGGAUAGUUUAAUCCUGACUGACCAGAACUUAUGGCUGCCUGAUCUAGACUCGUUCAGUGGGACGAGCUGCUUACCUAGCGCUUCGGCGCGUCUAAUCGACUCCCAUUCGCUCGUCCGCACGGUCGGCCCGUCUCCGUCUCCGUCUCCAUCUCCGUCUCCGUCCCCGUUCCCCAUCCCCGUUCCCCUCCGUCCGUCCGCCAUGGAUGAGUUCAUGGAGUCGGUCGAGUCCGCGCUCCUCGCGCCGGGGCGGUCCACCACCCCCGUCCUCUCCUCCAUGCCCUCUCUCUCGCCGCCGCCGUCCGACGCGCCGAUCUUCUCGGCGAGCUCCUUCCCCGACUCGCGGGCACGACGCGAACCAGUCGGUCUAGGACUCGGCGCCAGCUCCUUCCACGAGUCGCCCACACGAGCCGAGUCGGUGUCCCCGUCCUCCUCGCCCUCCCCGUCCGCCCCACCCCCCACCACCCCCACCUCCUCCUCCUCCUCAUCCGGGGACGCGGAUUCCCAGGAGGCGCCGACGUGUGCGAUAUGUCUGCAGGCGCUGGGCACCAAGGGUGGUCCGUCGUCGCUUCCCUGCGGACACAACGGCUGCCUCGAGUGUCUCCUGCAGGUGCAGCAGUCGCAGGUGUCGCCGCACUGCCCGAUCUGUCGCGCGUCGUUUCGCAAGGCGAUGCCCAUCAAGCUCAACUGCGACCUGCGCGACGCGCUGGCGAGCAUUCAGCAGUCGCAGGAGGUGGCUCGGCGCGCAGCGCAGGAGCUGGAGAAGGAGCGGGAGAAGGCGGAGGUCGCGGAGAGGGCGGCGGAAGAGGCGAGUGCCGCCGUGGCCGCUGCUAUGCGGGGGAGGGCCGUGCGAAUGCCAUGCAACACGCCGCCCUACGCGCCUGGCUCCCUGCCUCCGCGCCACGCCUCCAGCACCAGCGGCCCCCACUCCGCGGCUUAUGGCGGCUUCCCCAGCCCGCACAACGGCUUCCCCGGCCCGCACGUCGGCGGCGCGAUCGGCGGCGCGAUCGGCGGCGCGAUUGGCGGCGGCAACAUCGCCUGCAGCAUCGGCAGCAGCGGCGCGCGCGCGAUGCGCGGGGUGUUUAGCAGCAUGGUUGACCGCGUUAAGAGCCGUGCGCGCGAGCGAGAACAGUUCUUCUACGCGCCACAGCCGUCCUCGUCCUCCCACUCGCCCGCCAACGGCGGCGGCGGCGGCGGUGGCGGUGGCGGAGGUAGAGGGGUCAUUCCGCCAGAUGCCGGGGAGAGCGGGGAUGAGGGGGACGGCAGUGAAGGGAGUCCGCCUACUGAAGGCGCGUGGUUUAAUGGAGUGGGCGGAGGGGGAGGGGGAGGGAAUGGAGGGGGGAGAUUAGACGCGGCUGCCAUCCACGCGCAUCCGCAGUAUCAGGGUUUCGUUAACGGUAAAACGCCGCCAGGGUUCCUGCCGGAUUACCAACUGCAGCGGGGGGAUCAGGGGGGGCAACAGUGGGCGCCGCUGCAUGCGCCCAGCGCGCCCACGCACGUGGACGGGGCGGGAUGGGGGGGAGAGGAGGAGGGGGAGGACAAUGGGGGGAGCGCUGCUGGGCUAUGGGGACGCGACGGGGAGGUUGCGCCAUGGGAAGGGGGCGCGGGGAGAGGGAUGGGCGCAGGCGGCAUGGGGGGCGUGAGGGGCGGAAUCGGGGGAGUGGUUGGGGGGCGGACGUUUGACGAGCUGUGGGCGGCACUGCCGCCCGAGUGGGUGCCGGACAGUGGGUCAUCGAGGUGCAUGGUGUGUGAGGAGCCUUUCAGGCCGCUUGUGCGCACCAGACACCACUGCAGGUUCUGCGGGCUGCUGCUCUGCCACAGCUGCAGCGCGCGAUCCUGCCUCCUCCCGCCUCUCUUCCGCGAGUCCGAGCCGCAGCGCGUGUGCGAGCGCUGCUACGACCAGCUCGAGCCCUUACAGCCGCAGCUGGUGGUGACUGUGGCAGGGGCGGCGCAGCGGGCGCUGCACGAUGUGACGGAUGCUACGAGCGUGCGGGCGUGGGUGAACAACCCCCUUGGGUGGAGCCUGCAGGAGGAGAUUUUCAAGGCCACGAACGCGCUCAGGGGGUACUCGCAGGUGGGGAGACUGAACCCCGAGCGGUCGAUCCCAGCGGCGGUGCUUGGGGGCGCGGUGGGGCUGGCGAUUCUGACAGUGGCGAAGGCGGGCGUGGGAGUGACGUACCGCGUGGGCACGGGGCUCGUGGUGUGCCUCAAGCCCGACAGGCAGUGGAGUGCUCCCUCCGCCAUCGCCACCGCGGGAGUGGGCUGGGGCGCACAGAUGGGCGGCGAGAUUGCGGAUCUGAUAGUGGUGAUCCGCAGCCUGGAGGCCAUGAAGGCCUUCUGUAGCCGCUACCACGUGGCCGUGGGCGCCUCUGCCAGUGCCGCCGCUGGGCCUGUGGGGCGCGCUGUGGAGGCGGAUGUGCGGGCGGGGGGCACGGGCUUCUCCACUUGCUACACAUACAGCUGCAGCAAGGGUGCAUUUGUGGGCAUGUCGUGGGAGUCGAGCGUGGUGGCGUCCUGCGCGUCGGUGAACCAGCGCUUCUACGGCAUGCCUGUCAGCACCACCGACAUCCUCUUCGGCCGCAUCGCGCAGCCCAUGGCCGCGCGCCCGCUAUACGACGCGCUCCGGGACCUCUACGACUCGCUUGCCGCCCCCCCGCCGCCCUACGAGCACUGCUGCGUGGGGCCCACCGCAGCAAAGGGAUGAGAGGCGAUGAGUAGGAUGGUGUAAAUCUUCAUACAGAAGCAGCCAUCCGCUUGUACAUAUGGAAUCAAAGCUCAUUCCCUUCAUUCUCGGUAGCUGCAUCUUUGUACAGGUGGAGCACGUGGAGUGCCAUUUUGGUGGUGAGAUACGGUAGGUGCUGGUAUGCUAGAGUUGUAGAGGCUCAUAGGUUGGGUAGGAUAGUCUGUGCUGAUCUCAGGGGGCUACUACUGUACCUGUAGGGCUUCCUACUUCGGUACUUGAAAUGUAAAUGAUAACAGUUGCGGUAGUUCCUCUUUUCAUGUUUUCCAACUUUCCAUGAACAUUUUCAAUCCAUUCAGUCACGGUGCAAGCGUUGUUGAAGGUGGAACAAUUUAUUCCCGUCACAGUUGCCCCUAACCCUCGUAUGCGAUGGUUUCAUUUCACU